AUGAGGGCAGUUCUAAUGCUGGUGGUUGCAGCCUUAGUAUGCAUCUGGGGGAAUAUUCACAUAGCAAGCGCAGACAUGAGCCCCACCGAGUGCAAAGUGGAGACGAAACUUGCUGGUAAUGCGUGCCUGGCAGUGCUCUACGGGAAAAGCCCAUCUGCAGACUGCUGCCAGCGUGUUCGAGUCACCCAUGUUGAGUGUGUAUGCCCCUAUGUCUCUCCCAAGGUCGCUUCCAUCAUUCGAGCCUAUGGUCUUAACAAGCUCAUUAAGAAAAUUGAAGGGUGUGGAAGGGCAGUUCCUCACAAUCUCAAGUGUGGGAGUAUCACUAUUCCAUGA